AUGGCUCGCAACAGUGAAAAGGCCCAGUCCAUGCUGUUCCGCUUUCGGGCGCAACAAGCAGCGGACAUGGGAAUCAUUGACCUCGGCCGGACAAGACGACCCAAAGCUAUUACAAGUGUCGACUCGAUCCCGACAUGCGAGCGCUGGCGCGGCCAAGUCCUAAAAGAAAUCUCCCGCAAAGUGUCGCGCAUCCAAGAGCCGAGUCUCAGCGACUACCAGAUCCGCGAUCUCAAUGACGAAAUCAACAAGCUCAUGCGCGAGAAAUGGGCCUGGGAGAUGCAAAUCCGGAAUUUGGGUGGACCGAACUACAUGCGCGGAUCUGGUCGGGUCUACGACGACGAAGGGCGAGAGAUUCCCGGUGGAGGAAAGGGCUAUCGAUAUUUUGGUCGCGCGAGGGAAUUGCCCGGUGUCAAGGAGAUGUUUGAGGCGGCGGCUCGCCGGGGGAGGGGACCGCCAGAGGAAGAAGAAGGGACUGGGACUGGCCGUGGUGGAGAUAUCGCAACGAAGAAGGUCAAUGCCAAUUACUUUGGAUAUGGCCUGGAUGAGGAGGACGGCACGCUAUUGGCCUACGAGAAACAAAAGGAAAAGGAGGCUGUUGAGCACUUGCGCUCCCAGGGUGAUGACGAUGCCGAGGACGGCUGGGAGUCGUUACCUGGAGAUGCUGGUGAUGGGGUAGAAUGGCGGCUUCCCUCGCUAGAUGAAGUACAAGAAGAAUUGGUCAAUCGGCGACGGCAACGACUUCUAGAGAAGAUCUCUUGA